AUGUCAGUCGACAGAAAACUUUGCGACCGUUGGUUGGUUGGUUUUUGGUUAUUUUCGGACGGUUUUUGAAAUUUUUGAAAUCGGCAAAAAAUCAUACACAUAAAUAAAGGCAGAAAUCCAUUGUAUAAACAAGAUCUACAACACCUUAAUGCACAUAUGUACACACACGUGCAGUACAUAUGCAUGUAUGUACGUAUGGAUGUUCGCGUAUAUACAUAGGUGUAGAAACAGUUACUAUAAAUAGCAAACGGAAAUCGAUAAAUAAAUAAAGCGCUCAAGUAAAAGUUCUAUCUCUCCUCCCACCACACACACACACACACAACACAGUACACCCACAAUAAUAGAAAGAAGAAAUUCUAAUUGCGACUUUGCAAAAAUAUAAAAAACAAAAGUUUGCUGUGGUGAAAUAAAUGCAUAUUUGAAUAUUUGAUUAUAAUGCUGAUCUUUGGGCAUUUCUUGCUCUAACUGUGAAUACGAACACACAAACACUUUGGCCACAAACACAAACAGUUAAAAGAAUUAAAAUUGCUUGCACUGAAAUGUUUGCGCGAUGUUUAUUCCUGACCUUGUUCGUGGUGGUCAUGGCGGCGGACGGCAAGAGCAACGAUCAGUCCAAGGAGCGGCGACUGGAGCAGACGCUGAAACUGUCUGCGUGCGCCGCCAAGAUGGGCAAGUGCGAUGAGAGCGAGGGUCCUGUCUGCGGCACCGAUGGCCAGACCUAUCACACGCGCUGCCACCUGCUCCGGGCGCAGUGCAGCGGCCAUCCGGUGAGCCUUAAGUACCGCGGUUCCUGCAAUGGCUGCCUGGAGGCUGUCCAAUUUGCGCGUCGCCAGCAGGCACGCGAUCCCAAGUAUUUUGUGCCGCGUUGUCGCAAGGAUGGAAACUAUGCUGCCAGGCAGUGCUACGGAGAGGCUGGAUGCUGGUGCAGUGACAGCAUGGGCCGUCCCAUUGAGGACACAUCCACAUUGUCGCGUCGCAGAAAGCCCAAGUGUCGGGCCUACAGGCGCAACCGUCGCCGCUUGCCCACGCAACAGAUCAGCUACGAUGCUGAUUCUGCCAGAGGCAGUGCCAGUGCCGAGGCAAGCAGCAGUGGCAGUGGAACAGCUGCUCAUCGUCCAUGUGGCAAGGCGGAUCGCACGGCAUUCAACGCCAAUCUUAUCGAGGUGUUCCGCAGCGAGUACUUGCGCUUUGGCCCAACAGAAACCCACUCGGACGCCGCCAUCUUGGACUGGAAAUUUACCCGACUAGAUGCGGAUGGCAAUCAGUUGCUGGACAGGCAAGAAGUGCGCGAGCUGAAGAAGCUCCUCAAGCGGGCGGUGAAGCCGCGACGCUGUGGACGUGCUUUUGGCAAGUAUUGUGAUGUCAGCAAAGACGACAACCUGUCCCGCAUCGAGUGGAGCCUUUGCCUGUUUAAAGAUGCGCAUAAUCGUAGUGCCGCCGUUGAUGUCCCAAAUGGCAGCUUGGCCACGGCACCGCCACGCGACAUGCACUAUCUCAUUCACACCACAAAUUCAGAUAGCAACAACAACCACGAUCAUACCAACACCAAUAUCAUCGGCAGCAGCAGUCCCCCACACUCGUACCCGGAGGAUCUGAGCGUUGAAAGCGAGGAGCAUGAUGAGAGCUACGACGAUGGUGCGACCGGGUACGGCAAUGGCAAUGGCAACGGCAAGGAUGAGGACGAAUCGGACGCCUCGAGCAUGCACCUUUCACGCACAUCUCUCAACUAUCCGUCACUAAUUAGGCAGAAUAGAUUGUAUGUUAAUGCCCAUAUCUUGACAGUGCUGAACUCCAAGACGCCGGAAUCGACGAACACCGAGAAUGAGGGCGAGUCCAACUGCUGGGUCGAUCAGUCGGUGGCACUGGAGGAACAGGGCCACGGUGGCAUGAGCCGGUUGUAUGUGCCCGAAUGUAUGCCCGAUGGACGCUAUCAGCGAAUCCAGUGCUACAGCUCCACCCCAUACUGCUGGUGUGUGAACGAGGACACGGGCAAAAACAUUCCGGGCACUUGGGUAAAGAACAAGCCGCCCCAGUGCGAUGAGGACAUCGUCGUGAGACCCAUGAAGGGAUGCACCGAACCCCGCAAGACGCAGUUCCUCAAGGAGCUCAAGGCAUACCUCAACACGCAGCUCUCUCUGCCCAGCAGUCCAACGAGCAGCACCAAUUCGACCAUGUGGAAAACGGAAGAUGAACGGAUUGCCACACUGAGCUUUGUGUAUCUGGAUAAGAACAAAAACAAGUCGUGGGAGCGCAGAGAAUGGAAAGUGUUCCGGGAUCUGGUCACCAGUGCGAGCAAUUUGCGGAGAUGUGGCAAGAAGAUGCCGCGCUACUGUGAUGUGAAUGGUGAUAAGAAGAUCUCUUUGGCCGAGUGGCUCAAUUGUCUGCAGUCCUCACCACGGGCGCAGAGUGCCACCACAGCUAAGCCGGCACAGUCAAAUGAGACAGCCAAUCCGAAACUCCUGGGAUUAAAUCCACUGGAGAAAUAUCUUAAAGAUUAGUUUUGGGAGAAGGUUUCUGGUUCUUUUUGCUGCUACUGCUACUCAUUAGAUGUCGUCGUGCCAUGCCACACACACCCACCACAUAUAAACACACGCACAAACACACCCAAACCCACACCCACACCCACACCCUACACACAGACACAUUCCUAGCAUAUAGAUUCUACGAUUUACAAGUGUAUGUUACUAAUUCUUAAUUAGUGUUGUAAAUAUUGACAUAAAUGUUUAAGUUUAGUGUAAA